CUCUCCCUCCCUCGCUCUCUUCAUGGUCACCACCGUCCUGUGCUGCGUGCUCUCUGACCCCUGGGGAUGCCGAUGCGCGAGCAAGCACCGGCGUCAGCUCAUAUUAGUCCAGGCUUUCCUCACGGUGGCGGCGUUGGCGUGUGUAUUGACCGCUGCGCUCGCUGGUAACAGUUUGCACGCCCACGCCGUUAUUUCCUUGCCGUGGGUGCUGUGGUACGUGGACGAUGACGCAAUUUACGAGUACGAUGUCGGGUCGGUCAAUGCUUCGCAUGCGCCGACGUUCGCGGCUCGGGAAUCGUCAGUCGUGCAGGAGUACAUGGACGUGGACGCAACCAAUAUCUCCGGAAAGUACUCCCUUGGCUUUCGGCGUGCUUGCCUAGACAGGGACGGGCGCGGCACCGGCGAUCGAGCGGACGACAAUGGCUGCUUUACGCACGAUGUGAUGGAGGAUACUUUCUACGCAUUCAACGACAAUCACCACUCCCACCACGCCGCCCACACACUGAGGCUCCUGAAAACACUCCUGGAGGCGUCGUCGGGCCGGAAAGUGAUCAUUCCAGAGCUGCAGGGACCGGAACCCCUGUUUGUCACGCACGCGUACCGCGCACGCGAUGGCACAAACUUUGCGUGCUCGCCGUCCACGACAUCGGCCACAGCGGGCGUCAGCUGGAGCUGGCCUGCCACGACAGCGAACUGCACGCAGGUCUACUCCAAAGAACGGCAUAGCUUCGAGGCGGGGUUUCAAGGUCACCACCUCUACCUCUAUGUGAGGAGGAGUGUGACGGUCCCAGUGAAUGUGACGGUCCCACUGGAAUGGUACUACCCUCCGCAGCGGAUGGAGCUGAGGUACACAAACGACAUCUUGGAUUGCGACGAGGCCUCCGAGACCCUCCGCGUGAUGGCCUUCUGCGUCGCGGCGCUUCUGGUCUCUUGGCUGGCGCUGCAGGCGGUCGGGUACAGACGCGGCACCGCGAGGACCGAUCGCGGCAAGAAGGGUCUGCUGGUCUGGUCGAUGGCGGUGCCUCUGAUCUGGGCGGCGGCCAUCACGAUUCACUACGGCCUCGCGUGCAGCGUCGAAGCGAACUGGCGCGGCGUCAUCGCAACCUCGCUCGGCCCUGGCUUCUACCUCUUCCUCUCCGGUCUCCUCCUCUACGUCCCUUGCCUCGUUAUCGAGCUGAGCAUCCCUGCGGGCCGCUGGGCCAUCAUCGGCGACCUCAAGGCCCCGCCGUCGGAGGCGGCAGAACAAUUUCGCCUCCAGAGCCGGGCGCCGGCCCCCGCAGCAGGGGAGUGCCCGCCGCCGCUCCGCCGCCGCUUUGGCGAGUCGGCGCUGCAAGCGUGGUCAGGCCUCGUGCGCCGCUUCGCCACCGCCCUCCCGCCGCUGUCCGCCGACGCCGAGCCGCGCUACUACACCGCGGCGGUGGAGGGGCCGAGGGCGGGCGAGUGCUCGGUGGAGACGUACUCGCUGGCCCAGCUGCGCAGCAUGCGGGGGCGGGGGCACUUGCCCGCCGACCUGCCCGUCUUCCGCGUGGGCAGUGGGGGCGAGUGGACCACCAUCGCGGAGGAGAUCGCGGGGCAGGCCCGUGGCGGCGGCGAGCAGGGAGCAGCGGUGGAGAAGGAGCAGCGCACGCGCGCAGCGAGCAAGAUCGCAGGCAUGAUCCGUGGCUUCCUAGGGCGAAGGCAGGUGCGGGCGCUGCGGGCCGGGUUGCACGAGGUUGCAGCUGCUUCUGGUUCUGCUGUUGCUGCGUCCCUUGGCGGUGCGCCGAUGGCACAUGGGUGGCAGGGAUGAGCACAGAACGUGGUUUGUGGAGCUCCCACACCUGUCCUGACAGAGUCCUGACAGAGUCCUGACAGAGGCCUGACAGAGGCCUGACAGAGUCCCAGGGGCAGGGCUUAACGCGCCCGCUCCUCGUGUCCGGGCAUUUUGUGCGUCAUAUGUGCUCGCACGUGUGUGUGUGAGUGUGACUAUUCGGGACAUUUUUUAUCGCGCGUGUUAGUGCCAGUGCGCGCCAGUCCCGUGCCCAGUAUGUGUGUAUAUGUGCAUGCCCAGUGUCGUGCUUAGGUUAGGUAGGAAGAUGAAGAACAGAAAGAAA